AUGGAACCGUACUCAUCUUCAUCAGGUACCGCACCGGCGACAACACAGAGUUCCGCGUCGUCGCGACGCCGACCACAGGUGACCUUCCCAGCUCAUAUACCGGAUGUCACGCUCAUGCCACCGACCUGUGGUGCAGAGGUCCAGGUUGUCCUGGCCAGUGCUACCGUUGCGCCGGAAACGGAGGCAUCCACCGCAGACGCGGCUCCGACUGUUUUGACGAGCUGUCACCCCCACGAUGCCGCCGUCUACUGCAUGCACGGCACCACCGAAUACUCCAUGGACACCACGGCAACGGCGACGCAGGACAUCCCCGCCCAGUUCACCGACUGUCACUCUCACGGCACGGAGCUCUUCUGCGUCGACGAGGCUGGCGCCGAUGUCCAGGCUGUGGCCGAGGGUCAAGAGGCCAGCGCCGACGAGAGUGCCAGCGGCGACCCGCAGGGUGAGAACUGCCACUUCCACGCCGGCGUCGAGCACUGCGUUGGCGCUGGUGAGAGCGAGAGCGGUGGCACACGAUCCUGCGAGAGGGUCGACCGUGACUACGAUAUCCCCCUGCGUGUGGGCCUGCUCUUUGUCGUUCUCGUGACCAGCGCCAUUGGUGUCUUUGGUCCCAUUUUCCUCAUGCGUGUGCUGCCGUCGAAGCUGCACGUCAUCUUCCUCAUCAUCAAGCAGUUCGGCACCGGUGUCAUCAUCUCGACCGCCUUUGUCCACCUGUACACCCACGCGCAACUCAUGUUUGCUAAUCCCUGCCUGGGCUCGCUCGGCUUCGAGGGUACCACGUCCUCUAUUGUCAUGGCUGGCAUCUUCCUCUCGUUCCUCGUCGAGUACACCGGCCAACGCAUCGUCAAGAGGAAGCUGGCUGAGGGGCCGGACGCCAAAUCCUGGUUCAGGCCAGAAACUGUGAGCAUCAUGGUGCUGGAGGCCGGAAUUCUGUUCCACUCUAUCCUCAUCGGUAUCACCCUGGUCGUCACUGGUGACAGCUUCUUCCGUACGCUCUUCAUCGUCAUCAUUUUCCACCAGAUGUUUGAGGGCCUCGCCCUUGGUAGCCGCAUUGCCGCUCUCGGCACUGUAGCCCCUGUGCACGCGGCCUCUGGCCAUGGUCACGGCCAUGGCCACGGUUCAACCCAGGUUGCCCAGACGAAGAGCGCCAGCGACACGGACCCUGCCAUCACCCCCUCGGCCGACGCAUCCGACCACUCGACGACUGACUCUCUCAAGCCCGCCCACUACUCUCUCAAGAAGAAGUGCCUUCUCGCUAGUGCCUUUGCCCUCAUCACUCCCCUCGGCAUGGCUAUCGGCAUCGCCGUCCUCGACUUUUUCAACGGCAAUGACCCCGACACCAUCAUCGCCAUUGGCACUCUCGACGCCCUGUCGGCUGGUAUCCUUGUCUGGGUUGGCGUUGUCGAGAUGUGGGCCGAGGACUGGAUGUACCCCAACUCGGAGCUCAUGAACUCGAGCCCCAUUGUCACGGCUCUUUCCUUGUUCGGUCUCAUGGCUGGCAUGGCGCUCAUGAGCUUCCUCGGCAAGUGGGCUUAG